AUGACGCCGGCGAGACGCGCCGUCGGCCAGCGCCACACGCGCGCUUUACUGAAGCGGAGCGUGAAACGAGUAUCGAGUUUCCUUCUAGAGUAUAUGCACAUUGGCAACAAAGACGUGCGCCUCACGAUCGGCGCGUUUGAACUGAUCUUCGACGUCCGCGGCAAGCACCUGUCGGAGGCGCGCCACUGGUCCGCGCCCGAGGUGUUCGGGCCGCGCGCGCACUUCGCGACGGCGCCCGCGCCGGCCGCGCUGCUGGUGCGCGACGUCAAGCGGCGCGACGAGGGCGUCUACCGCUGCCGCGUGGACUUCAGGAACACGCAGACCACUAGCUUCAGAUACAACCUCACUGUUGUUGUUCCCCCAGAGAAGCCGGUGGUGGUGGACCGGUGGGGGCGCGUCAUCAACACCACCACGCUGGGGCCCCACGAGGAGGGCCAGGACGUGCUGCUCACUUGCAGGGUUCUCGGAGGUCGUCCAGAGCCGUCGGUGCGAUGGCUGGUGAACGGGGUGCUGGUGGACGAGGAGUACGAGCACAACACCGGCGACGUCAUCGAGAACCGCCUGCUGUGGCCCGCCAUCCGCAGGGCGGACUACGCGGCGGUCUUCACCUGCCAAGCGGCCAACUCACAUUUAGUGCCGCCUAAAGAGCUGUCGCUCGUCCUGGAUAUGUUCCUGAGACCGCUGACGGUGGAAAUCAAGAAGCCCGCCGAGCUGGGAGAGGGCGGCGUGCUGACUGCGGAGCGCCGCUACGAGGUGGUGUGCGAGUCGGCCGGCAGCCGCCCGCCCGCGCUCGUCACCUGGUACAAGGGGAAGCGGCAGCUCAAGAGGAUCGAGCUGGAAAACCGAGAAAACCUGACGGUGAGCAAGAUGAGCUUCGUGCCGUCGCUGGACGACGACGGGCGCCAGGUCACGUGCCGCGCCGAGAACCCCAACCGCACCGCGCUGUUCCUGGAGACGGCCUGGACCAUCAGCGUAGUGUAUCCCCCCGUGGUCCACCUGCGGCUGGGCAGCUCGCUCUCCUCCACGGACAUCAAGGAAGGGGACGACGUCUACUUCGAGUGUCACGUGAAGGCCAACCCGCUCGCCAGGAAGCUCAACUGGUUGCAUGACGACCGGCCGCUGGCGCACAACGCCACCGCGCGGGUGUUCCACAGCAACCAGAGCUUGGUGCUGCAGAAGGUGACGCGCCACAGCUCCGGCCGCUACGCCUGCUCCGCCAUCAACUCCGAGGGCGAGACCGUCUCCAACGAGCUGCACUUCAGAGUAAAGUACGCGCCGUCGUGCCGCAGCGGCGGCGUGGCGGUGGUGGGCGCGGCGCGCGGCGAGAGCGUGGUGAUCGUGUGCGAGGUGGACGCCGACCCGCCCGCCGCCGUCUUCAAGUGGAAGUUCAACAACUCCGGGGAGACCAUCGACGUCGCCGCCGACAGAUACACCUCCAACGGCAGCGCGUCCAGUCUCAAGUACACGCCGGUAGCGGACCUGGACUACGGCACGCUGUCGUGCUCGGCGGCCAACGAGGUGGGCGCGCAGCUCGCGCCCUGCGUCUUCCAGAUGGUGGCGGCCGGCAAGCCGCAUGCACCACGCAACUGCACGCUGUGGAACCAAACGGCAGAGUCGGUGGAAGUGUCGUGUGUGGCGGGUUUCGACGGGGGCCUGCCACAGAAGUUUCUGCUGGAAGUGGUGACAGAGCGGGGAGAACCCAGAGCCAACCUGUCGUCCGAGGAGCCGGCGUGGACGCUGCGCGGCCUGGAGUGGGACGUGCGCUACCGGCUGCGCGCCGUGGCCGUCAACGGCAAGGGCCGCUCGCCGCCCGCCCGCAUCGACGACAUCCUCUUCAGCGACGUCGAGAAGCGAACAGCAUCAGAAGCCCCGCUAGGCAUGGGCGGCGUGCUGGGCGCGGCGACGGCGGGCGCGGGCGCCGUGUGCACGCUGCUGGCGGGCGCGUGCGCCGUGUCGCUACGGCGCCGCCGCAGACCCCCCGCCGCCAAGACGCCGCCCGCGCCGCCGCGCCGGGAGGAUAAGCUGCCGGAACAUGACGACGCGGAGCCUGAUUUAAUACCUAACAAUUAUUGUGAAGCAGCGAGCGCGCCCAGCCUCGCGGUGUCGUCUCCCACGAGAACCUUGCCGGUGCCCCUAACCCAGGGGUGUAACGGCCCUGGCGCGUCGUGGACGUGGGGCGCGCGCGCGCGGCCGGCGCCCGCCGCGCCGCCCGGCGCCGCGCCGCUCGGCCGCAGCGCCAGCGCCACGCUGCGCGCCGCCGACCUCAACGUGGACGCCAUCAAGGAGAAACUUCUAGACCAUCGGAUCCCGGAGUCUUGCGUUUAG